UUAAGUUAUACGCAUGUUAGUAGUUUGUUGUUAUUUAUAAGGAAUUCAUUUAGUAAAACUGCAUUCGUACGAAAGACAUUGAAGCGAUCACUUCAAAAAUGUUUCGUAAUUUUUCGUUUUUAGUUUUCGUCGCGGCAUUCUUGAUUUGUGAAUCGGCAUUUGUGGACGAGCUACAAAAGAAAAGAUGCAGCGUAAAAGACAACGCUUGCCAGAAAAAGUUAUAUACGGAAUCACUGCAAACUGUCGCCAAAACUGGCUUGCCUGAGAAUGGGAUCCCACCUUUCGACCCUUAUGUGAUUAAGAACAUUUCUGUGUCUGUCCUUGGGCUUGUUAAUAUCACCAUGAUAGACGGAGUGGCUAAAGGCUUGAAGAACUGUUACUUCGGCCGCAUCAACACUACCAUAGAAAAUUACCACUCCUUGAUGGAGAUCAUUUGUGACGUCACCAUCAAAGGGAACUACAAGGUAUUGGCUAAUGGCCCUCUGGUAGAGAACUUGCUGGGCGGCAGUACAGUUCAUGGUGAAGGCUUUGGAAAAGUUAAAAUUGAAAAAUUCCGCGUCACAUUUGAUUUUGACAUCUUUUUGAGAGAAGCCAACGACGAGAUCUACAUUGACUGCAAGUACGAAGACACACAUUACAAAUACGAGUUCGGGAAAAUUACAUUCGCAGCCAAUAAUUUGUACAUAGCCAACCAGGAAGUCAGCAACCAAAUUGUCAACUUGCUGAAUCAAAACUGGAACUUUAUAAUAACCACUUUUGGAAAACCUUUCGUUGAUACUGCUAUGGACAUCGUGUAUGAACUUACGCAUAAGUUCUUUGAUGUAACACCCACUCGAUAUUAUCUUCUUGAAGACUUAAGACCUUACUUGAAGAAUUAAGAAACUUGGUUUUUGUUUUAAUUCAUUAUAAUUUUUAAAUACUCACUGUAAAAAAUCAUACAGUGAUGUAUUAGGCAUUGCUGAAAGACCAAAAUAGAACUAUUAUUGUAUAAGUCAUUCAUAAUAAAGUGAUAUUUCUUUUUGAAACAGAAUUUGUAUGAUGUUAUGUGCUGAAGCACCUAAGGAUAUUUUACUUAUUUAGUUUUCAUUUAUCUGUCAUAUCAUGUUUUCUUAAUUCUCUAUUUGUAAAAUAUACUUACGUGGCUUAUAAAGAAAUGGGAAAACAACAUUUACUA